UUCCAAUUACUUUUAGAAAGUUAUUUUCUACAGAGGAUCUGAAAUGGCAGACCAGAGUGUGAAAGUGUUGGUGGCUGACAAGCACACUUGGGCAUCAACGUCUUCAGCAACCUCAGGCAAACGAGGGGUUGAACUCUUGAAGGCCAUCGAAAGCGUAACGAGAUCGAUUGUCAAAGACAACAUCUCUUUUGAGAGCGACCGCCACCUGCUCGGUGCUGCUCCAGAGCAACAACAGCGCCUCCUGAAGGCUGUUCUUGAUCAGCAAUGGCCAGGCAUCGAGGAGUAUGGAGAGGAGUUCUUCAAGGUCUAUGCUGCUGCCUCGCGUCGGCAGCAGUUCACCCGUGCCUAUGUGCGCAAGGCGCUUGAGACUCUUGACCACGGCUUCAGCACCUUUGAUCGUAAUCUGAUCUACUAUGCCAGCCUGGUCAACGAUGCCUACGACUGCUGGUACAAGGCUUGGGCCAAGGCGGUCCAGGGCAAUGCCACAGCCAAGCAGCUGGCCCAGGAUGACAAGGAGGGCAAGGUGCCAAAGGAGCUCUUCAACCAUUACACCAUCAUCAGCACAUCCCCGGACGGCCAAUACACGCAGGCACCCUACGCCGCUGCCUUCCCUGCAGAGAUCGGCAAGAUUGUCUCCAUCUUUGAUGAGUGGAUUGCAGAGAUGUCCAAGGUAGAGGCAGAGGAUACUGCAGUGAAGGCAGACUAUCUCGACUACCUGAAGCAGUACCGGACAUGUCUGGCAGAGACAGACAUCGACAGGUUGGAGGACGAGUGGCGGAUCCUGGAUGAAAAGUGGAUGCGCAUUCGGUACUGGAUUCAGAUUGUUCACGACAUUGAGUAUGGGUAUGGUGACCCACUGCGGACCAAGGUGUCCCCAGAGUUUUCCAUCCGGCUGCAAGACCAGGACUAUGCUGCUGAGAACGCCACCAUUGCAAAGAUCCAGGAUGUGAUGGUGGAGUAUUUUCAGAAGCGCGAAGGGCAGCUGGCCAAGGAGGGCAUUGGGGCGCUGAAGAAGUCCCUGGCUGCCAUCUACUACCUGCCCUUCCAGUGCGGCGUCAACCUCUACUUUCGCUUCUCGGGCCAGUCCAUCCCCAACAGGUCUGAGGUGCGGCAGGCAGAGGGAGUGAAGAUCUACUUUGACCCGGUGUCGACUGCCGCGCGCGAGGAGUCUGCGCGCGAGCUGGCCGCUCGAGUACUGGCCGACCCUGCCAGGAACAGCAUCGACACGGUGGGCACGAUAGUGUGGCAUGUGGCGGCGCAUGAGAUAGGGCACGCCAUCUACGGCCUUGACGCAGUGAAGGACGCAAUCCGGGUGUCCACCAAGACCCUGCUGGAGGAGCCACGCGCAGAGCUGACCGCCCUGCACACCAUGCGCCUCCUGCUGCCCGCCGGCCUCCUCACCGAGGCGGAUGUGCAGGGGGCGGUGGCCAGCUUCAUGCUGCAGGACCUGCGGCGCUUCCAGAUGUUUGACAGCAGCGCCACGCGGCCCUACACAGUCAGCGCCAUGGCCUGCUGGAAGCGCGCAGCCGACCUGGGCUACAUCACUCUCGACACCCACAACAAGGUGACGAUUGAUGACUCCAAGGUGCUGGCAUUCCUGGACGAAUCAUCCAGGGUGUUCGAAACAAUUCUGGAUGCAGAGGACAGGAGCGAUGGGCCCACAAUCGAGAAGGUGCUGGCUGACAUGGAGGCGGCUGAGACAGCGCCCAUUGUCAAGUUCCUGAUUGACGAGCUGUUCACAAAGGAGAGGAGCAAGGGAGCUUAGGAAGAGAUUAGGAAUGUUGUAGCUUCAGCGAGUCUCCAGUGCAGAGUCCGGCUCUGAAUCCAGGAAUAGCGUCUUUGGUGAAGAGCUGCUAAUCUUCGUCAAGAAAACAUGUACAUGUCGCGAAUCUGUGCAGAAUAGGAAACUUCGCAAAUAUGUCAGUGCCGCUCAAGACUGCCUGAUCGGUGAUCAGCAUGAUGGCUUCUGCACCAAGCAGUCGGUAGUCCUCAUGUCUAAAUGGAAUUUCUCAGGCGUUAGCUUGCAAACCAAUCAGCAAAUAAUUGCUUGCUAGUAACAACGUAGUAAUACAUUGGCUUAUGC